AUGAAGGCCCUCGUGUACGGCGGCAACAACUCCGUCGCUCUCCAAGACAAGCCCCUCCCAGAGCUCGUGAACCCCUCAGACGCCAUCGUCAAGAUCCUCAAGACCACGAUCUGCGGCUCGGACCUGCACAUCCGCAAAGGCGACGUCGCGACCUGCGCGCCCGGCCGCACCCUGGGCCACGAGGGCGUCGGCGUCAUCCACAAGACCGGCGCCUCCGUGUCCCGGUACAAGCAGGGCGACAAGGUCCUCAUCUCGGCCAUCUCGAACUGCGGCACCUGCGAGUACUGCCGUCGCGGAAUGUUCAGCCACUGCACCACCGGCGGCUGGGUCCUCGGCAACACGAUCGACGGCACCCAGGCCGAGUACGUGCGUAUCCCGCACGCCGAGUCGAGUCUGCAUCCCGUGCCUGAGGGUGCGGAUGAGGCGGCGCUGGUGAUGCUGAGCGACAUCUUCCCGACGGGGUAUGAGUGCGGCGUGCUCUGCGGAAAGGUGCAGCCUGGCGGUACGGUUGUUGUCGUUGGCGCUGGACCGGUUGGGUUGGCUUCCAUCAUCACGGCGCAGAUGUAUUCUCCGUCCAAGAUCAUUGCGGUUGAUAUGGACCCGAAUAGACUGGAGGCAGCGAAGAAGCUUGGCGCGACCGAUGUCGUCGAUAGCUCCAAGGGCACUGCUGUUGCUGACAUCAAGGCUAUGACGGAGGGUAAGGGCUGCGAUACUGUCAUCGAGGCCGUCGGUAUCCCGGCGACGUUUGAUCUCUGCCAGGAGUUGCUUGCACCCGGUGGGGUGUUGGCCAAUGUUGGUGUUCACGGAACCAAAGUGGACCUUCACUUGCAGAAUCUCUGGGACAAGAACGUUGCCAUUACCACUAGACUUGUGGACACCACUACAACGCCCAUGCUGCUCAAGCUUGUCCAGUCCGGCAAGCUGCAACCCUCUCAGCUGAUUACUCAUCACUUUAAACUCAGCGAGAUGGAGAAGGCGUAUGAGACGUUUGGUGAAGCUUCCAAACACGGUGCUCUCAAGGUCGUCAUUGAUGUCGCCUAA